AUGGAGCAAGGGCGCUCUUCCCAACCAGCCAUUGCACAGGCAGCGCCUACACGUUCCAAGGAUGCAUUAGAGGAAGGAGAAUUGAGCGAGGGCGAACUUGAAGAUAUCUACGACCCAAAAGGCCCUCACGUGGUAUCUCAUCCUCCAACACAGCAAACUCAACCUUCUGGUGCCAACGAUCAAGCUACUGGCAGCCCUGGAGAUGCUGAUGGCUCAUCGAUAUAUGAUACGGGAUCGGCUCAGGAGGAUAUGGUGAUUGAUAGUACUUCGGCGUCGCAACCUGGGUUUGACGAGGACGACGACUACGAGCCGGGCGAAUAUGAGCCAGAAUAUCAUCCUAGAGAGAAGUCGGGUUCAUAUUCGCCACGCCUCUCACCCAAGGAAGCACGGUCUGCGGUUCCUGCAGGUACACACGCAGCUUCCAAUGGGCAAGGUACUGCAACUGAACCAGAAUAUCUGAAUGGUCAAAAGUCUUUGAAUGAAAGCAGAAAAGCACCAUCAUCUAUCAAUCAGAAGAUGACACCGACUUCCCCUUCACCUCCUUACAAGUCGUUAUCAGAAGCAAAGAAGAAGGCCCAAGAAGCUAUUCUCGGACUAUGGCCUUUCAAGGUGCGGUAUCAAGACUACCUUGACGAGGGCCUCGAUCCCCAAACAGUCAAAAGUCUCUUCAAGGAAUUGGGCCUGGACGCUUCUUCGCCCAAGCCUGCUACUGUGUCAGCUAUCUCUACCACGAAACCACCAAUUCCACAGCUAGCAGAUUCAGCACAAUCUCAAUCAUCAACCAAAGCUUCCGCUCUACCGCCUGCUCUAUCAGACCAGGCAAAGCCAGCUGCGAACCUGGCAAGUACUGGCCAAGAGCCCAAAACGGAGCAGAAAAAAUCAGCCCAGGAGGAACGCAAAGAUAAGAUUGCCCGCAUGCUUGCGGAGAAAAGCAAAAAGACUGCAGCUCAGCCUCCACCUGCAGUUGUAUCUUCUCCAACUGUGCCUUCUCCGAAGGUACCUCCUGCAGCCAUUCCCGCCACCUCUUCUGAGAUCACCGAGGCUGCUAAAUCCAAGCUUAGGGCUCAAAACAACCAAAAAUUGUUGGAAAAGCUCGCUGCGCUCAAGAAACAGCAGGGCACAAAGCCGGAGCCUGGACAGCAGCCAAGCACCCCAGUCGCUCCGGUGAAUAAAUCCGAACUUCCGGUCGUUUCCACAAGCACUGCAACUUCAGCCAAGCAAUCAGUCGAUCCGAAACCACCCGUGGUUGAGCCUGAUGCGUCAUCUGCAUCUGGAGGUCAGGUUCAUUCUGUUUCGUCGUCUCCGCACCCAGCUCCAACGAGUCGAAACAUGAAGAGACCUAUAGCUUCAGACUUUGACGGCUAUUCCUCCACUAGCAGUGCAUUCAAGCGCAAUCGCACCCAAGAAACGUUGAUUAUUGACGUCAGUGACGAUGAAGAUGUGGAGAUGGACUUGGGAUCUCCCACAGAGCCUUCCAGCAGUGCAAUUCAGGACAGCAUCUCUGGCCUGCGAACAAAUGUAUUGGCCUCACACCCGCCGCUGACUCAUUCACGCAGUUGGCAUGGCCCCAAAUCUAACUCUGCGACGCCAGCUGCACAGACGCCCUCUGGCCAUGGCCAGAAACUGGAUUUACUGACUCAGCAGAUCCAAGAAGCAAGAAGGAGGAUUGCGGAGGCUGAAGCCAAGAAGGCAAGCAGGUCAAAUGGUGAACCCACGCCCUUGGCACAGUCACCUGCCAAUACUCCAGAUCCACAGGCACCUGCACUGGCAAAGCCACCGCAGACAGCACAAGGUGAAAGGCGGGAUAGAAUCACUGCCUACCAUAUCCCUGUCCUCGAUGCUGCGCUUAGGGAAAAGCAGGAGAGGCUCAGGCGGCUGCAAGAGGAAGCUGCUCAACUCGAAAUCGAGGUCAAAGCAACGUUGGAUGCAAGACAGCAAUUGACAAUAGAGAUGGAUAGUCCUGACAUUGCCAAGCCCACAUCUCCACAGCUCAACGGUUCAUUGGAAGCGUUCCCACAAGUAGCCGCUCCUGAACCAGCUCAUACGGGCGAGGCGCACGUCGCCGCUGUAGUCCCAGAGCCAAAUCCAACAGAGGUCAGCAGCAAUAUUGAUUCUAAGGUAUCUUCUGGAAAAGACGGAUCCGCCGCAUCAUCACCAAACAACACUUCGAUGGAAAUCGAAUCAGAUUCUGCCAGUAGUGGUAGAGUUACAGCAACGGCGAUUGUUACAGCUGAGAUGCCCUCACAAGUCGAUCUUCCAUCAGUGGCAACCAGCCCUCCAGGUCCUGAACCGGCCGAGUCUCCUACGCGACAAGAAUCUGCGUCAUUGUCAGUUGGUGUCGUAGUUGAUGCUGAGCCGCAGGAUCAGUCGACCACGGCAGUACUUGGCGAUGUGCCUCAGGAACAGCCUUCAACGGAACUUGAUGUCCCAAUGCAGAUAUCAGACGCGGAAGAUGAGGAUUAUGAGCCACAACCACCCCACAUCUCUGAUACAGUCCAAGCUUACGGGACUAGUGGAACAGCAGAUGAGGUAAUUCCGACUCACAUAGUGAGGAAACCUGUACUCAUCCAAGAGCAGAUUCCCGACGAAGAGCCCUAUGAACCGAGUCCAUCGCAAGUAGCAGAACCAACCACGCAAACGGCAUCGAAUGCCACGAAUGCCACAGCUGGCGAUGCACAAAGUCGCUCUGGAAAAGAGCAUCCUUUACUGACAACGGAGCAGGCUAAAUCUCAAAACGAGUUGUCUGCAAAGGAUCUGCUGUCCUAUCAGAGCCCUCUCAGAUAUUUCCAUGCCUACAAAUUUCAUCCUCAGUACAUGGAGAAUGUGGCAGGCGGCUUGAAAUCAAUGACUUACAGUUCCAAAAUCGACACGUCUCGGCCCAUCUGCCCUUUUGUGCUUGAUGGCGGUCAGUGCCCAAAGGGACCUGACUGUGAGUUUCAGCAUUUUGAGAAGAUGGUACUUUCAGAACCGGCCAUUAUUGCAGAGCUAGGAUCUACAGCAACAUACACAGGCGAGCAGAAAGACCGGUUCAUCGAAGGCCUUAAGAAGGUUCUGCAAGACCUAAAGACUCGUAAAAUCAAAGAUUUCGAGAGCAUCACCAAGGCUCUUAUGGAUUACCGGGCCGACUUCUUGGGAGACAAGAGCAAGAUUCUGCCUUUGAACGAUAUUGUUAUCUAG